UUUAAUAAUUUUUUCAGUUCAAAUCCCCACCCUUUUAUACCUACAGAGGAGAUAAUGCCACCAACCCAUUCUCAUUCAAUUGCUCAAUAUGCCAAUUUUUCUCAAACUAUUCAAAUGCUUGUUGAUAUGGGUGUGGAUUUAUUUGAGUCCACACAAUAUGAUCCUCGUCUCGGCCAAGCACUUGUCCGUCUAGAUUGGGAACGUGAUGUCAAACCAAAAAUUUAUUGGUUACAUAAAAGUAUUGGGUUUUCACCUGAUGAUUUGGCUAAUUAUUUAUCUCGCAAUCCUUAUUUUUUGUUACAAAAGCAGGAACAUUUAAAUGCUCAUCUAAAUUACUUAAAUUAUCGCCGGUUUACAUUUCCUCAAAUACGAAAAAUUGUAUUAGAAUCGAGAUAUUGGCUUAAUGAUUCAGUUGAAAGGCUUGAUGCCCGUUUGGGUUGGUUACACAGACAAUUUCUACUUCCUUCUAAACAAUUGAGGCUUGUUGUAGUUAAAGAACCCAAAAUUAUUGCAUUUGGAAUUGGCCGAAUUUCUGGAAUUGUUCGUUCAUUAAAUAUUCAAUGUGGAUUUUCUCAAAAAGAUUUACGUUUAAUGCUUGUAGCAGAUCCCCGUUUAUUUAUUUGUGAUAUAAAUAGAAUGCUUGUUUCUUAUAAUUAUUUGGCUUAUGUUAUGAAAAUAGAAAAUGAACAAAUUGUUCAAUAUCCCUGCGCUUUGAGAUGUCCAAUAACUGGUUUACGUAAUAGACACGAAUACCUUCACCGUCUAAAAAAAGCUAAUUAUAUACCAAAAACCCCAAAUUCUAUUACUCUUUACAAAUUAUUACAUCCAAGUGACCGUUAUUUUUCAGAAAAUGUUGCUGAAACUCCUUUGGAGGAUUACAAUCGUUUUUUAAAAUUUAUGUAA